AUGCGGGACGCCACUUCCGCGGGCAGAAUUUACCUGAAUGUCCGAGCCAAGUCCAUCCCAGCCGAGUCAAGUCCAAUCCAGCCGAGCCAAGUCCAGCCCAGCCGAGUCAAAUCCAAGCCAGCCGAGUCAAAUCCAACCCAGCCCACCACCAUGCUGUUCAACAAGCUGUUCAAAAAGAAGACGGAGCUGGAGGUGGACUUGUACUUGAUAAAGGACGAGCAGUGCACCCCACAUAUGCUUGACUGCAAAUUGUACGUUAACAACUGGGGGAGGGGGAGUGAUGACCAAGUGGUGAUAUGGAACAGCUCGAAAAAACUUACCCUUAAUGAAGACUCCAUUUACGACUUCAAGUACCAUGAGCUAGACAUGUGUCAAUUUAAAUACAUAAAAAAUGGACUAGUGGAGGAAUACGGAUUGGUGUUUUCGAAGGUCCAAAACAUGUAUUAUUUUUUUAAGUACAUUAUGCUGUCCUAUUUGAAGGGGAAUAUAGUUCUGUGCAGAAGAGUCAAUCUGUUCAAAUAUGAGGAGCCGGUGAAGGUACUCUACAAGAAGGACCAUCUAGGCCUGUUAACAUUUAACACAGCCAAGUGUGAACACUUGUUGGUUGUUCUCUCCCCGGAGAGGUCCCCGUUGGAUGUGGAGUGCGAACACCUGUAUGAAGAACUCACCAUGGAUAAUGUGAGGGAGCUGUACAAAAGGAAUCGGGUCUUCCUUAUUUACGUGUUGAAUUCCUUCAACGAUAUUUAUCUGAGUAGGGAGUCCAUUGGGAUCCACGUGCACAGGUACUUGGUUAACAGCCUGUUCAGGUUCUUCGAGUACAAGGCACUGUACGAGGAUGGGGAGCGCUACGAGGAGUACUUCUUAGAGGAGGUGUCAGGAAAAGCGCUUACAGGGGAGGGGUCACUCAAGAGGGAAGAACCGAACGUGGUGGUACUAGCAGACCCCUCCCCAGGGAACCUUCAAACCGCGGCCGAUGGAGGGGACUCCUACCACGGCAUGAAGGCAACCCGGAUUGAGGACGACGAAUUGGGGUCCUUGGACAAGGCCGUGGAGAGCGAAAUUGAGAAGAUGGACCGGGGGGGAAAACAAGGGAGUGACAAAAUGGGGAAAGACACGCGGGGGAAGCGCGCGAAGGGGAGGAAACCCUCGGGGGGGGAGAGGCACACGGAGGGGCAGAGGCACACAGAUGGGCAGAGACAAACCGAUGGGCAGAGACAAACCGAUGGGCAGAGACACACGGAGGGGCAGAUACACACAGAUGGGCAGAGACACACAGAUGGAGAGACGCAGGAGGGACCCGAGGACGAACUUGCCGCGCAGCUGCACCGGAUGAGCGAGAAAUUUCUCAUCAUUCUGGAGUCGGAGGACGUCCUCAUUGACCACAUCAGGGGGAUACUCAUCUACAGGCAGGACUUCCAAAAUGAUAUUGUCAGCAUCAAGAGGGACUUCAUGGAGACGCACGCGAGGGGGGCAGCCGUGACGGAAGCGAGAGCCGAUGUGACAGCCGAAGCGGCAGCCGAAGCGGUGGGGACCCCAACUGAGGGAGAGUUCCACACGGGGGGGUCCCCUCCGAAGGGUGGGUUCGUCCUUCUCUCCGAGUCGGACGCAACUGACGUGUCGGACGCUACUGACUUGUCUGACGUGAUCGAGUUGGAGGGCGGGGAAGAAAGAGGGUAUCCAAGACACAGGACCAGCCACACAGAUGGUAUGAAAUACAAAUUUGUGAAUACAAGCGGGAAGCUCUCCUUCGUAUUGAGGCAAAAUCACAUCCCACAGAAAAGGAAGCCAAAGCUCAAGCUAAAUAAGAAAAGUGAACCCUCAGAAAGAGAAAUAAACUACGACGACGUAAGGAACAAACUGAACAUAUACACCUUUGAUGAAUAUGGAAAAGAAAAAAUAAUCUACAACUCAAGUGAUGAAAUUUUUAAAUUUAAAAAUGAACAGUGUGUUCCAAAAAGCAUUCACCUAAAUGAUGAACAAGGGAAUAAGCUACUCUUUCUUAACGAAAAAAAUGACAAGCACUUAUUCAUUUUUGAUACGAAUAAAGAAAAAAUUGUAAAAAAAUGGGACACAGAAUAUGUGCCAAUAAAUCAGCUAAUCAGGAAGGAAGAAAAUAUAUACUGUGGGUACAACAAAAAAAGUUUGUACUUUGUCGAUACGAGGAUUAAAUCGUGUGUACAGAAUGCAUUGCUGUAUGGGAGAAACACACCCGACAUUGAGCAAGCCACUGUGGAUAACAGGGGGAGAAUUAUCUUAACCAAUGCUAAGGGAGAGAUUAAAUAUUAUGAUGGAAAAAUAAAUAAAAAUAAUGUCCUUAAGAAGAGUAAAAAUUCCUUGAUGUGUGCGAAUGACAUUGUACAUUUAUGUACUACAUCCGAUGGAGUUUAUUCCAUUGUGACUUGCCAAAAAAGUGUAGUGAUUUGCGAAAAUUCCAUUCAAAGUUGUAGCCUUUUUGAGCGAGUCAUAAAAAAGGAGGAGCGUCUUCAACAGAAAAAAUUCCUCCUGCAAAUUCACUACGUUGAUGUUUUUACAUACAAUCUUGGGGACUACAAAUUUGAGAAGAGCACCGUCAGUAGUGACAACUCUCUCGUGUUUACAUUGUCUGCCAAGUUUUACGUCGUUUGGAAUUUUAAGGAUGUAGUGAAUGGGCGUAUUUCAUAUGUCAUUAAGAAGACCACGGAGGACAUCUCUGAUAUGUCCUACUUCAACUUUAGCGAUGUGCAGGGGGUCCUCGUCGCGACGGAGAACUCGCUCAAGUCGAAGAAGAUCACCAGCGUGUAG